AUGGCCAAGACCUUCACGAAAGACGACGUUGCGUCGCAUAGCAAGGGCGAAACCCCAUGGAUCAUCAUUGACGAGGACGUCUACGAUGUGUCCAAGUUCCAAGACGAGCACCCUGGUGGAAAGAAGAUCCUCCAACGAGUCGCCGGGAAAGACGCCUCCAAGCAAUUCUGGAAAUACCACAACGAGGGCAUCCUGAAGAAAUAUAAGAGUCAGCUGCAGAUCGGUUCUUUGGAUACCAAGAAGGCCGCGGCACCACCACCGGAACCCACACCGGCUCCCGCGAAGGCCGAACCCGCACCUGCAGCGGCUCCCACAGACUACACGCCACCCGCUACCGGCUCACCGCAAGAUCCCUACGGAGAUCUCAUUCCCUUCGCCGACCCAUCGUGGUACCAAGGUUAUGCUUCACCGUACUUUAACGAUUCGCACGCCGCGCUGCGCGACGAGGUGCGCACAUGGGUUGAGUCUGAGAUCGAGCCCUACGUGACCGAGUGGGACGAGGCAAAGGAAGUUCCAGCUCACAUCUACAAGCAGAUGGGCGAGCGCGGAUACCUAGCCGGUCUUCUGGGUGUGCACUACCCAGUGAACCACACCUCCAACCGAGUCAAGUCAGUACCGCCCGAGCGAUGGGACCUGUUCCACGAGAUGCUGUUGACAGACGAGCUCUCGCGCCCCGGCAGCGGUGGACUGGUCUGGAACCUGGUUGGCGGGUACGGUAUUGGGUGCCCGCCACUUGUGAAGUUCGGCAAGAAGGCUCUUGUCGAUAGAAUCCUACCCGGAAUUCUGAACGGCGACAAGCGCAUUUGUCUCGCCAUCACGGAACCGGAUGCGGGUAGUGAUGUUGCGAACCUGGGCUGCGAGGCUAAGCUGACCGAGGACGGAAAACACUACAUCGUCAACGGCGAGAAGAAGUGGAUUACGAAUGGUGUUUACGCGGAUUACUUCACGACUGCUGUGCGGACUGGCAAAGAUGGCAUGAAUGGACUCAGUGUGCUGCUCAUCGAACGCGAAGCCGGUGGCGUGAGCACCCGUAAAAUGGAUUGCCAAGGUGUCUGGUCCUCUGGCACAACAUAUGUCACAUUCGAGGACGUCAAGGUCCCCGUUGAGAACAUCAUCGGUAAAGAAAACCAGGGAUUCAAGGUUAUUAUGACGAACUUUAACCACGAGCGCAUCGGCAUUGUCAUUCAAUGUGCGCGCUUCUCUCGCGUCUGCUACGAAGAAUCCGUGAAGUACGCGCACAAGCGCAAAACUUUCGGCAAGCGCCUCAUCGAUCACCCAGUUAUCAGAAUGAAACUGGCGCAUAUGGCGAGACAGAUCGAAGCCACGUACAACUGGCUCGAAAACAUGAUUUUCCAGUGUCAGUGCAUGGAAGAGACUGAGGCAAUGCUCAAGCUUGGCGGUGCGAUCGCCGGUCUGAAGGCUCAAUCUACCCAGUGCUUUGAAUUCUGUGCUCGCGAGGCUAGUCAAAUUUUUGGUGGAUUGAGUUACAGUCGCGGCGGCCAGGGCGCUAAGAUCGAGAGACUUUACCGUGAUGUGCGCGCCUAUGCCAUUCCUGGUGGAAGUGAGGAAAUCAUGCUGGAUCUGAGUAUGCGACAGAGUCUUCGUGUGCAUGGAAUGUUUGGUAUGAAGCUUUAG